GUUCAUCUUCGAAUGGACUUUCCCCCAAAGGACGACGAUGCGUUCCCGCAGAGAGGAUCUCUCUCUGUCUCAGUCUCUGUCGCUCUCACGCACGCGACAUCGUCCACCGACUGAUCGAUAGACGGCCCAGGCUCUGAGCUCUGCUCGUCGUGACCUACCAGGGGAUGCGGAUGGUUCCAGCUGAUCGAUUGAGUUCGAGUUUUCGUCGGUGCUGCCGAUGCGGAUGUUGAGAUUCAAGAGCAGGCUCAUCACGCUCCAACGGAGUCCCAAGGAUUCGCGAGAGAUUGAAAUAUGGGCGGCACGUCUGACCGAGGGAAGUGAAUGGUAGAAUUUGGGAAUUUUGUGCAGGUGAGGAUGUACUUUGUGACUGUGCCUGUGUCCGCCAGCGGUCGAGCCUUCGGGGGGAGGUGAUGGAGUCGUCGAGAUCUUGACAGGCCGCUGCGAACCUUGUACCAAUUCAGGAUGAGGCUGCAGGUGGGAUUCGCGGCUGCCAGGCGAAUCACCACGGCCUUGGAUCGGAUCAGCGAUGUUGCCGUUGCUGCUCGUACCGUAGAGGCCGCGCAGCCGGCGAAGGCGAAAUGCGGCAUCGUGAGUGGAGGUGAUGUCGUCCGAGACGAGGCUUCCUUUACGAGGGCAGGCAUCGUCAGUAAUCGCGGUGGGGCGAAGGAGUUGGCCUCCACACCUCUUGUGCCUAUGGAAUUUUACGUCGAUAGGUUGUGUGCCAAUCUGAAGGGUGAAGAAUUCGAAGAGAAGCUAGCAAAAGUGGUGAAGAAGCUGCAAUUGAAACUCAGGCCUUCGCAUGUUGUCCGAGUUUUGGAGCGUCAGACGGAUGUGAAGCUGGCGCUGAGUUUCUUCAAAUGGGCCGGGCAGCAGCCCGGCUACAAGCACAAGUCGGUUUCGUACAAGGCAAUGGUUGACAUUUUGGGCCGAGCCAAGAUGUUCGUUGAGAUUCAGACUUUGUUGGAUGAAAUGGUUGCAGCAGGUUGUCAAAUGACCCCUGGAUUUCACACCAAGCUGGCUCAAAGUUACGGAAGCGCUGGACUGUGGGAACCAGCUGUGGCGUCUCUGGCUGGAAUGAGCAGCAUUGGGUGCAAGCCCAACACCCAUGCAUAUAAUGGGCUCAUGAAUUCUUUGGUCAAAGGAGGGCACACCGAGGGGGCCUAUAUGGUGUACCAGAGAAUGUUGGAUCUAGGAUGCAGACCAGACACCUACACUCUAGGCAUACUCAUCCGAGGGCUUUGCAAAACUGGGAAAGUGGACGAGGCGUUAGUUCUUCUGAGCAAAAUGAAAGGUGAUUUUGUUCCCAGCGUCACUGUCUACAACAUGUUACUCGAUGGAUUAGGGAGAGCCGGGAAGGUCGACGAAGCUUCGAAAAUGUUCGAGGAAAUGGCUUCAAAUGGUUCGACGCCUGAUGUGGUUUCUUACAAUACCAUGAUUGACCUUUAUGGAAAAUCUGGAAAAGUGGAUGAUGCUCUGAGUUUGUUCGAGCGUUUGAAGGAGAAGAGGUGUAGUCCUGAUGUGGUUACCUAUACCAGUCUCAUAGACCUUCUCUGCAAGAAGGGAAUGCUAGAUGAAGCGUACAAAUUUUUUGGAGAGAUGAAAAACGAGGGACAUGCCCCUGACGUUGUCACGUACACUGCACUUAUGGACAGCCUGUGCAAGAUCGGGCGGGAUCAUGAGGCGCUGAAGCUUCUGGAAGCGAUGGAGGCUGGUGACUGCACUCCCGAUGUGAUAACUUACACAGCUAUGCUGUACAAUUUGCGGAAGAUUGGCAAGGGAGAAAAGGCCUCUAAAAUUUACACAAGGAUGAUUCAGAACGGCUGUGUUCCUGACUUGGUGACAUUCAAUGCUCUUCUCACCAGCGUUGGCAGGCUCGGAGAUGUAGACGGCGCUUUCAAAGUUUAUGCAGAUUUGCAAGAUAUGGGAUUCAAGCCUGACGUGUGCACGUACAAUGCCCUGAUCGAGGUGCUUUGCAAGGCAGAAGAUGUGGAGGAGGCCUUCAAUGUGUUUCAGAAGAUGGUCGAUGAUGGUUGUAGUCCUGACCUGAUCACGCACACCGAGUUGCUCAAAGGUCUGACCAAGGCUGGACGGAUAAAUGAAGCUUGCAGAUAUUUCAGAAAUAUGGUGCAAUUGCACUGUGUGCCUGAUGUGAUUGCAUAUAACACACUCAUCCAUGGACUCGUGAAGUCUGGACAAAUAGACGAUGCUCACCAAUUGUUCAAGCACAUGAAGGGCAAAGCUUGUAAACCUGAUCUUGUCACUUACAAGCUACUCGUAGAGGCCUUCUGUAACAACGAUCAAGUCCACUUGGCUUUGGAGUUUGCCGAAGAGAUAGAAGAAGGAGACAUGGUUUUCAAAACUAUGCUGCUCAAUAGCCUGGCCAGAGGUGGACAUAUCGAUGACGCUUACAAGCUGUUCUCGGACAUGGCAAACAAGGGGUGGAAGCUCGACGUGAAGUCUUGCAACAGCUUGAUCAAUGGACUCGGGAAGGCAGGGAACCUGGAUGCAGCGUGGCAAAUAUACCUGUACCUGCAAGAGGCAGGGAUCAAAGCAACGGCUGUGACCUACACCACCCUGAUAGAUGUCCUUUGCAAGGCUGACAAAGUCGGAGACGCCACGAAGCUUUUUGGAGAGAUGAAAGACAAUGGCUGCGAACCUGAUGUCGUUACCUAUUCCGCAUUGAUUGAUGGCCUCUGCAAAUCCGGUGACCUUGACGAAGCAGAGCGAUUAUUCGGAAAAAUGACAAGAGAAGGUGUGAGUGGUAAUGUGGUCACCUCCACUGCACUUAUCCGCGGUCUGGGGAAAGCAGGAAGACUUGAUGAGGCAGAAGAAGUUUAUGAAGCAAUGCAAGCAUCGGGCUGCAAACCAGAUGUCGUCACCUACAACAUCCUUCUGGAUGCUCUUUGCAAGGGAGGCAAAACCGAUGAAGCUUGGAAGCUUUUCAAAGAGGUGAAAAGAGGGAGCACUCUGGAUUUGGUAACGUACAACACCAUGUUGGCUGGACUUCACAGGGCAGGCCGAAUACGCGACGCUUACAAAGUCUCGGAGGAAAUGACGAGACUAGGCUUCGUUCCUGAUUUCAUCACCUACAGCAUACUUACUAAUAUUCUCAGCAAAGCAGGCGACUUCCUUGAAGAGGGAUUGAUCCUCUUCCACAGAUUGAUCGGAAAGAGCAAAUCGCGAGAUUCUUCACCACCUCGUAGCGACUCCAGCUGAUGUCAUAAACUGCCGUUCCAUCAUGGAUGAUCAACUGUAUAUAUUUUUAUUAUUUUCCGGACUGGAUGACAGUUUCUUCGUUCCCUCUGGGCUGGCGCUGUUGAAGUCAUGACAUUCAUGUCAGUUCUGGGAGAAGCUAUACAUCACGACUGGUUACUUGAAGCUCACCUGACCUCAGUCGCCACUGCACGGUUCACACUCAGUGUCGUAGAACCUUGACUCAGCACUAACAGCAGGUCCGGCUGUUUCAGACUCAUUGUUGAAGGCGGCAAUGUGUCACGAUCUGUCUGGACUGAUAGUGCUACUGCAAACGAGGACUAAAGCAUAUGGCAUACGAUGCUAGCGGAAGUGUCUUCAUUACACAUUGUUGCCUUUACCCUUCAAAAUUCGUCGCUAUGGUACAGCCAAGGGAGUUUUCGGUUUGAUAUUCAUUGUCUAACAUGUCAGUUAUGUCCAAGGCGCGGUCACACAUUGCUGAGUGGCGGAGAAACCAGAGACACUUGGAGCUUCCAGAAGAAAAAUCAUAGGUCGAUCGUCGCCUUGCAAAUUAGGAAGGUGUGGAUACAGUUGAAUAUUUCUGGAUAUGUAGUUUAUAUAUUAUAGAGGUGACAGGCCCGCUUAAAGUUCAUGUUGUCAUAUCUGACAAUUUAUUCAUAUGUCAAACCAGCUCACUUCGGCUACAAUUCGGCAUCAACAUGAAUUUGUCCGAAAUUGC